AUGGACUCGGAGAAGCAGCUCUCGCCGAGCGCCCUGGAGGCGGCGGUGAAGCCCUCGCCGCCUGCGUCUGUGUCGCCGCGGGCGCGGGCCGCGGCGCCGGCGCGGCGCUUCGAGGUCGGCGACCGCGUGCGCGCCAAGUACCAGCGGGGCCGGCUCUUCUUCCCCGGCGUCGUGCGGGUCGUGCAGGAGGUGCGGAUCGGCGACGCGUGCGGGCCCAUCGACUUCCGCUACGACAUCGCCUACGACGACGGCGACUACGACCACGCCCUGGAGGCGGCCUACGUCAAGCCGCCGAAGCGCGCGGUGUCCGAGGCCGGCGAGCCGGCGCUCACGCCCGCGGCCGCGCCGUCGCCGCGCGAGGCGCCCGCCACGACGCCGCUGCCGCCGAGCCUGCCGCCCACGCCCGCCGCGACGAAACCCGCCGCGGCGCCCGCGACGAAACCCGCCGCGGCGCCCGACUGGGCCUUCGUGGAGCUCGCGCCCGGCGCCGGCGCGCCCGCGGCGGACGCGGCCGCGGACGCGGCCGACGAGCUCCGCGCGGGCCUCGCGGAGACGCUCCAGACCUACGUCGUCAACGUCGCCUGCGGCAAGCUCGUGCACUCGCCUGACUACGAGUGCAUCGCCAUCGUCGACCGGAGCGCGCCCGCGGGCGCCCGGGCCGUCGCCGGCGGCUGCUGCUACCGCGUCUGGCCGCCGGCCGUGCCGGGCGGCGUGACGUUCGUCGAGCUGUCGCUCAUCGCCGUGCGCCACGAGCACCAGGGCCGGGGCUUGGGCGGCCGGCUCAUGCGGCGCCUCGAGGCGCGGACGCGGCGCGAGCGCGGCGCGACGGCGACGCUGGCCUACGCGGACGAGGCCGCGUUCGCGUUCUUCCGGCGGCUCGGGUUCGCGCGGACCGUGACGACGCCGUUCGCGCAGUGGAAGGGCCGCAUCGUCGACUACAGCGACGGCGCCGUCGUCGCCGAGAAGCUCAUCGCGAAGCCGCCGGGCGACGACGCCGUGCUCAAGAAGGUGCUCGCCGCGGGGCUCAACAGCGCGCAGCUCGCGACGGGCGUCACGCGGUGCACGUCCGGCCGGCCCAACUGCUACUGCCGCAGCGGCCGCACGCGGGCCAUCGUGCGCUACUGCGGCGAGACGGGCGCCGUGCUCGAGGAGUACUGCUCGACGUCCGACGCCGCGCGGAAGUUGGGCGUCGGCGGGCCCAAGAUCACGCACGUGCUCUCGGGCGCGACGGAGUCGUGCGACGGCCACAAGUUCCGCUACGCCGUCGAGGUGCCCUGGGUGCGCUCCGGCGGGCCCAAGCCCUGCUGCGAGGUCGACCCGAAAACGGGCGCGGUGCUGCGCGAAUUCACGAGCGCGACGCACGCGGCCAAGUGCACGGGCCUGAGCAACGGCGCCAUCGGCCAGGCGUGCCUCGGCCGCGUCGACCACGUCGAGGGCCGCUACUUCCGCUUCAUCGGCGACCGCGUCUACCCCUGCGCCGUCUGCGGCACGGACCACGACGCCGGCUCGCUCCUCCUCUGCGACGGCCGCGACGGCCGCUGCGUGUCCACGGCGCACACGCACUGCAUCGGCCUCGACGCCGUGCCCGACGGCGACUGGUUCUGCCCGCAGUGCGUCGCCAACGGCGACGACCAGCCCAAGCCGCCCGCGCCCGCGCCGCCGCCCAAGGCCCCGCCCUCGCGGGCGUCGCCGCGGGCCCCGGCGAAGCGCGCGCGCGCCGCGCCCGCCUACGUCGACGACGACGACGACGACGACGACGACGACGACGACGACGACGACGUGCCCGUGGGGCGCAUGCGCAAGCCGGCCAAGCGCGCCCGGCCCGCCGCCGCCGCCGCCGCGCCCGAGGAGCGCGCGGCGAAGCCGCAGCGCGCGCCGUCGCCGCGCAAGCGGCCGCGGGUCUACGUCGGCCGCGGCGUCUACGCGGACGACGACGGCGACAGCGGCUCGUCCGGCGCGGCCCCCGCGCGGCCGCGCGCGGCGCCGGCCUCGCGGCGCCCCCCGCCGCCGCCGUCGUCGGCGUCGGAGGACGGCGCGGUGUCGUCCGCGUCGUCGGACCGCGCGGGCGGCGCGUCGGAGCCGGACCCGAACGAGGACCACUGCUUCAUCUGCCGGUCCGGCGGCGAGCUGCUCUGCUGCGACACCUGCGAGCGCGCCUUCCACGUGACCUGCUGCGGCCUCGCCGACGUCCCCGAGGGCGCCUGGAGCUGCUACGUCUGCGAGACGCCCGAGGGCGCGCGGCCCCGGAAGCCGCACGCGCGCCUCGACCUGUAG